CCUGUCCCUGUAAAAGAUGAGUUAUGAGUUAACUGGUAACCCAGUUCCCUGUUUUCCGGCCACCUGCGUGUGGUUUUUGCCUUUAUAAACCCGUGUUCUGCAAUUGCUCGGGGCUCCAGUCAGCCAGCACUUCCCUCGGGUUGCUGCCUGUCUGGCUGCGAGUCCCUGCGCCGCGCUUGUAAUAAAAAGAAACCUCUUGCUCUUGCAUCAAGUUCUGGUCUCUGCGCUUGAUUUGGGGCCGUCGCCUCUUCCGUCGGAUACACCGGGGGUCCUGGGACCCUACAUUUGGGGGCUCGUCCGGGAUUUGGGGCGACCCCCCUUCAAGCGCCCAGAUCGGUCUUGGAGGUAAGCAGACUCCGGAGUCGCUCAGUGUUCGUUCUGUCUUCUGUUCGUCCUCAGUUUCGGUUUUUCGGAACGGCAGGUUGCCGGCUCCGUAAGGAGACGGCUUCUCUGGUUGAAGGGUCUUCGACCAGAAAAACUGUCACCCUGGGGGACGCCCCAGGGACGGGUGGUGACCGGGAGGUCCUGGUCACUUCUGGCUGCCUGGCAACGGGCACUCGUGUGUCCGGCCAGACCAGCGUCAGGGAGGGAUAUCGUCCCUCAGCAGUCAUUUUGUAUCUGUGUAAAUUCGUGUGGGUCCGGUGUCUCGUCGUGUCGCUUUUUGUUCUUUGUUUUUGUCUUCUGCUCCUCCUCUCCCAUCCAGGUAACAUGGGCCAAGGAAGCAGCACCCCUCUUUCUCUCACAGUGGCACAUUGGAAGGACGUCCGGAGUCGGGGACUCAAUCUUUCCGUCAGUGUUAAGAAGGGUCCUUGGCAGACUUUCUGUUCAUCCGACUGGCCAGCCCUAGGCGUGGGAUGGCCAGCGGACGGGACUUUUGACCUGUCUAUUAUUUUUGCAGUAAAGAAUAAGGUGUUCCAAUCAGGCCCGGCGGGCCAUCCAGACCAGCAGCCGUAUAUUGUCGUCUGGCAGGACCUGGUCCAGAACCCUCCCUCUUGGCUGAAACCCUGGCUGCCAUCCGGAACCUCCCGGGUUCUCGUGGCCCAGGCCCCUCCCGCCGCAGAUCAGACGAAACGUCCCCUGGCAGAUUCUCAAACCGAUCUUCUCCUCUUGGACUCUCCACCCCCUUACCCCUCUCCUCUCCAGCCAGAGCCGCCGGAGAGACCGGAGCCUUCAGCACCUCCUCCCGCCCCUCCAACAGAGGGACCGGCCCAGGGAACCCGGAGUCAGAGGAGACAUCCCGCGUCUCCAGAUUCGACCGUAGCCUGCCCUCUCCGACCAUACGGGCCUCCACCCCCCCGCGGAGACGAUAAUGAAACGGCUCCGCUCCAGCCACUCCAAUACUGGCCCUUCUCCUCGGCAGACCUCUAUAACUGGAAAACUAACCACCCUCCCUUUUCAGAGGAUCCCCAGCGUCUAACGGGGCUGGUUGAGUCCCUUAUGUUCUCUCACCAGCCCACUUGGGACGAUUGUCAACAGCUUCUUCAGACUCUCUUUACUACAGAGGAAAGGGAGCGGAUCCUCUUGGAGGCCCGGAAGAACGCCCCUGGCCCCGACGGCCGGCCGACUCUACUCCCUCAUUUGGUGGAUGCGGCCUUUCCUCUGGCCAGGCCGGACUGGGACUUCAACACGGCAGAAGGUAGGGAGCACCUGAAGGUCUACCGCCAGACACUAGUGGCCGGCCUCAGAGGGGCAGCUCGGCGCCCCACGAAUUUGGCUAAGGUAAGAGAGGUCAUACAGGGGCCCACUGAACCGCCUUCUGUUUUUCUCGAGCGAUUAAUGGAGGCGUUCAGACGGUACACCCCGUUUGACCCCACCUCGGAGGGGCAGAGGGCCUCAGUAGCUAUGGCUUUCAUAGGGCAGUCAGCAUUAGAUAUUAAGAAAAAGCUGCAGAGGCUUGAGGGACUGCAGGAUUUUACCCUCCAGGACUUAGUUAAAGAGGCAGAGAAAGUAUACCACAAGAGGGAGACUGAGGAGGAGAAGGAGCAGCGGAGAGAGAGAGAGAGAGAGGAAAGGGAAGAGAAAAAAGAAAAAAGGGAAGAGAAAAGGCUAACCCGUAUCUUGGCCGCAGCAAUAGAAGGGAGUAAGCCACAGGAGAGAGGAAAAGAAAGACAGGCAGGGGCCCUGGGCAACAGGCCACCGUUAAGGAAGAAUCAAUGUGCUUAUUGCAAGGAAGAAGGACAUUGGAAGCGGGAGUGCCCGAAGAAGCUAGCGAAAAAGGCGCUGGCACUCCAGGAAGAUAGUGAUUGAAGAGGUCGGGGCUCGGACCCCCUCCCCGAGCCUAGGGUAACUCUUAAGGUGGAGGGGAAGCCUGUCAACUUCCUAGUGGAUACAGGAGCCCAGUAUUCAGUUCUUAAGAAACCGCUAGGGCCGGUCUCCCAGAAGACCUCCUGGGUAAUAGGGGCAACGGGAAAUGAACAAUACUCAUGGACUACCCGAAGAACAGUAGACUUAGGAGCGGGACGGGUAACCCACUCGUUUCUGGUCAUCCCCGAGUGCCCUGCACCUCUGCUUGGGAGGGAUCUGCUAACCAAAAUGGGGGCCCAGAUCACUUUCACCCCUCGGGGGCCGACCCUGACCCAGCAUGGGGAACCAAUUACCCUCUUGACACUUCAACUCGAAGAUGAGCACCGGCUGUUUGAGGACAGAAUUCAACAGAGUGAGGGGUUAGCGGAGUGGCUACAUAAAUACCCUAAGGCCUGGGCCGAGACUGCGGGGAUGGGCCUGGCUGUCGAACGGCCCCCCGUAAUAAUAGAAAUCAAGUCCUCUGCAACCCCGAUUGCAGUGCGACAGUAUCCCAUGGCGAAAGAGGCCUGGAGGGGGAUCAAGGUCCAUAUCCAACGCCUCUUGCACCUAGGGGUUUUGGUCAAAUGCCACUCCCCGUGGAACACCCCACUCCUUCCAGUAAAGAAACCUGGAACUAAUGACUACCGACCAGUGCAGGACUUAAGAGAGGUCAACAAGAGGGUGCAAGACAUUCAUCCCACGGUUCCCAAUCCUUACAAUCUCCUAAGUUCCAUCCCUCCGUCUCACGUGUGGUAUUCAGUUUUAGACCUAAAGGAUGCCUUCUUCUGCCUACGGUUACAUCCCGCCAGUCAAAACAUCUUCGCCUUUGAAUGGAGAGACCCAGACUCGGGGAUAACGGGGCAGCUGACCUGGACCCGGCUUCCCCAAGGAUUUAAGAAUUCUCCCACCAUCUUCGAUGAGGCCCUUCACCAAGACCUGGCUGCCUUCCGCGCUGACCACCCGCACGUCACUCUUCUCCAGUACGUAGAUGACCUCCUCCUCGCAGGAGCCACUAAAGAGGACUGUGAAGCAGGUACCGGGGCUUUGCUCUUAGAACUCUCUCGCCUAGGAUACCGGGUCUCGGCCAAGAAAGCACAGAUAUGUCAGCGGAGGGUAACAUAUUUGGGAUAUGCCCUAGAGGAGGGGAAGAGAUGGCUCACUGAGGCCCGGAAGAGCACGGUUACCCAGAUUCCCAGGCCACAGACCCCCCGACAGGUCCGCGAGUUCUUGGGAACAGCUGGAUUCUGCCGCCUCUGGAUUCCGGGUUUUGCAACCCUGGCAGAGCCCCUCUACCCGCUGACAAAACAAGGGAAUCCCUUCGAAUGGGGGGAGACUCAUCAAAAGGCCUUUGACAACAUCAAAAAGGCCCUCCUCUCUGCUCCGGCAUUGGCCUUACCAGAUGUGGCCAAGCCUUUUACUCUGUUCAUAGACGAGAGGAAGGGGAUAGCCAGGGGGGUCCUAACUCAGACUUUAGGCCCAUGGAAAAGGCCAGUGGCCUACUUAUCCAAGAGGUUAGACCCCGUGGCUAGAGGGUGGCCAGGCUGUUUGAGAGCAAUCGCAGCCACUGCCCUGCUCGUGAAGGAUGCAGACAAGCUUACUUUGGGGCAGAAACUGACUGUAGUGGCCCCACAUACCCUCGAGAGCAUUAUCCGGCAACCGCCGGACCGGUGGAUGUCCAAUGCUCGGAUGACCCACUACCAGAGUCUCCUGCUAAACGAAGAUCGGGUCCAUUUCGGGGCCCCGGUGGCCCUCAAUCCGGCAACCCUAUUGCCGGAAGUAGAUCCUGAGGGGAAAGAAGUUCUACACUCGUGUCGCGACAUCCUAGCAGAAGAGACAGGGCCAAGGAAAGACCUUAAGGACUCUCCCCUGUCGGGACCUCAGCUCACCUGGUUCACAGAUGGCAGCAGCUACCUCUAUGAAGGUAAGAGGGUAGCAGGUGCAGCUGUAGUUGAUCGGGACCGGACUAUUUGGGCUAGUAGCCUGCCCGAAGGGACUUCAGCCCAGAAGGCUGAAUUAAUCGCAUUAACCCAGGCCCUCAGACUUGCAGAAGGCAGCCGAGCUAAUAUUUAUACUGACAGUCGUUAUGCUUUUGCCACUGCUCAUGUGCACGGGGCCAUAUACCGUCAGAGAGGUCUCCUCACUUCGGCAGGAAAAGAAAUUAAGAAUAAACAAGAGAUUCUUGACCUCCUAGAGGCUGUCCAUGCCCCACGGGAAGUAGCUAUCAUCCACUGUCCCGGCCAUCAAAAAGGGACCUCAGAGAUAGCCGUGGGAAACAGGAAAGCGGAUACUGAGGCGAGACAAGCCGCUCUUGGGCCCCGGCUACUUACGCUUGCUGUCGGUCCCGCGGUAUCCCAGCCAGAGGCCCUCCUCUACACCCCAGAGGAAGAGGAAGACCUGUUUAAAAGGCCAGAAAAAUACCACAAGGACGAACUCGGGGUUUGGAGGACCACGGGGGACAAGAUGGUAGUGCCAAGGGAAGCGGCCACCGCCUACCUCCAACAGCUACAUCGCCUCACUCACCUGGGGGCCAAACACCUCAGCUCCACCAGCCGGGCCACUGGACAUUAUGUCAAAGGACUCGAUCGCCUCUCAGAGGAAGUAGUCAGACAAUGCAAGGCAUGCCAGCUAGUAAACAUACACCCAUCCCAGGUCGGGACGGGACAGAGACUCAGGGGAGACCGGCCCGGGAGUUACUGGGAGGUGGAUUUUACAGAAGUGAAGCCCGCCCGAUACGGUUAUAAAUAUCUUUUAGUUUUCAUAGAUACCUUCUCAGGUUGGGUAGAAGCCUUCCCUACCAAAAGAGAAACUGCAACUGUGGUCGCCAAGAAUCUUAGAAGACAUCUUUCCACGGUUUGGAAUUCCUAAGGUAAUUGGAUCAGACAACGGUCCAGCUUUUGUUGCCCAGGCUGAAGGCUCUCGAGACUGUCCAAAAGGAGGUGUGGACCCCCCUGGCUGCCCUCUACCAACCAGGAGAACUACAGAUUCCCCACCAGUUCCAGGUUGGGGACUUCGUCUACAUCAGACGCCAUCGAGCUGCCAACC